AUGGUCAACUUCUGUGCUGGGACUGGGAUUCUCUUCUCCUUCGCUGCGACUAUUCUUCUCGUCUUUGUCCACAUCACUCAAAUUACCCCGAGCCUGAUCCCUCGCCACCUCCGCAUCGUCGCUAUCGACACCUCAGGCCUCUCGACUGCCUUCGCCGCAGCAGCCAAAACCUCCGGCGUCUCUAUCGCGACUGGCAACUUCUCCGACAUCUACAACACGCAGCCGGUUGGACAGGGCUACUUUGUCAAGGGCCAGAAUGAGAGCAGGCACGAUGGCUUGAGGAAGACGUACGAGUGGGGCCUGUGGAGCUACUGCUCGACCAACGGCAACAUCGGCUCGCCUCGCUCGUACUGUAUCGACCGCAGCAUCAACGAGCGCUUCGAGCCGGCGCAGGUCUUGAUGGAGGAUAUUCCGACGCGGUACUCGGACUUGCUGCAGAAGGUCCUCCCGAGCAACGUCUUCACCGCCGACAACUACCUUGGCUCGUACACCGAAGGUGCAUCCUAUGUCAUCCUCGCCGGCUCGCUCGCGACCGCCCUCGCCGCCCUCAUCGGCCUCUUCGCCCGCCGCGGCGCUUUCAUCCUCGCGUGCCUCCUAAGCAUAGUCGGCUUCCUCGGUCUCGCAGUCGGCGCCGUCAUCUACCAGGUCAUCUACACGCGCGCGCAGGACGCGAUCAACCAGGCGACCACGUCGGGCGUUGAUCUCGGCAUCACGCUCGAGUACGGUAACGCUCUUUGGAUCCUCUGGGCGGCAACCGGCCUCAUGCUCCUCGCUAUCGUUCCUUACGCCGUCGCAUGCUGCACCGGCCGUCACGACAGGGCCUACUAG